AUGGAAAGUAAGUUUGAGUUACUCAAUGAAAAUAAUGUUUUAUUGAAAGAAAAAAUUAUUUCUUUGAACGAAAAACUUGCUAUUUUGGAAACCAGGGAAAAAACGAGUCAACUGGCAACUCCGCAAAUUCCCACGCUGGUCGGUUCGCAGGCUGAUAUGACCUCGUUAUCAGCUGACGGAUUAGCAAAUUCCAGUGCUACCAACAGUGGGAAAUUUGAUAACCCUGGUGGAAUUAAUUAUAAUAAUAGUAAACAAAAACAAAAUUCGCAUGAUCCAUCUCGUAAUGCUGAUAAAAAUAAAAAUGUUGCUAAUAAUAACGCGACCCAGCAAAUUUUCACACAAAGAUCAGUUGGAGUGGCAAUUAUGGAGGCUCAAAGACAAAAAUUGCCGAAAUUCAAAAAAUGA